ACAUUACAUAUUUUUGGAAAAGUCCGUUUGUAUUUCUUUAAGAAUAAUUUGUUAUUUAACAUGUUUUUAAUACAUAAUGACAGAUGACCAAGUUUGGACCACGUUUUGUGUUCUGCCUCUUCAGCCCUGCUAAUUUCAGCGCAUCCUUCAGUUCAUUCUCUCAUCCGGUAGGUGGCGGUAGUGCAUCUGUCAGUCAGUUCGUCAACUACCAUUCUAUCCAACCGAAGAAGAAGAGAAAGAACACGGAAGCUGUGUAAGAUUUACUUGUAAAAGGCAUGAUACGCUUUCCUGGUGUUUCUCAUUUCUCUCCACCGUGUGUGUAUUUAGUUUAUGUCAGAUAGCUGAAUUUUAAUGGCAGAAAACGUUAUGACAGUCGGUGCGGAGAGCCUGGGGAGAUAAUGUUCGUGAAAAGGCCGGUCGGUUGUCGGAUAGUUGAGCUGCUGUUUUGACAGCUGGAUCCACUACCUCAUCUGUCUGACACAAAGACAGACCACAGAGGUACAAACUACACCCAAGAGUUCACUUUUAUGCAGAGACGAACCUGUGACGGCGACAGAACAGCGAGCCGCAGGCAUGGCUUCAUCCCGCCUGAAGUACCUGUCCCUGGGCGUGCUGGUUUUCCAGACCACCUCCCUGGUGCUCACCAUGCGGUACUCCCGCACCCUGCAGGCCGACGGCCCGCGGUACCUGGCCUCCUCCGCGGUGGUGGUGGCGGAAGUCAUGAAGAUCAUCACCUGUGUACUGCUGGUCUUUAAGGAGCACAGUUACAGUAUGCGAGCAUUGAACAGCGUUCUGCGUCAGGAAAUCCUGCACAAACCCAUAGAAACGCUGAAGCUGGCCAUCCCCUCGGGGAUCUACACGCUGCAGAACAACCUGCUGUACGUGGCCCUGUCCAACCUGGACGCAGCCACCUACCAGGUGACRUACCAGCUGAAGAUCCUGACCACGGCUCUGUUCUCCGUGUCCAUGCUGGGCCGUAGACUGGGGGUCUACCAGUGGCUCUCCCUGCUGAUCCUGAUGACCGGAGUGGCACUCGUUCAGUGGCCCUCUGAGUCUGCCUCAGGMCCUGAGAAGGAGGCCCUCUCUGCAGGCUCCCAGUUUGUCGGGGUCAUGGCGGUUCUGGUGGCUUGCUGCUCCAGCGGGUUUGCAGGCGUUUACUUCGAGAAGAUCCUGAAGGAGAGCAAACAGAGCGUCUGGGUCCGCAACAUCCAGCUGG